AUGGCUCCCUCUUUUCGCGAUAUAUUGGUUUUCUCGACACUCAUUGCCUCCACCGUCUCUAUUCCCACGACCGAGUCCCCUUCCUACCCAUCACUCUAUCCAAAAGCCACCUAUCCCCGUAAAGACAGGGCUGCAGGCCCUUUCCGCCGUCUUCGAGACGCCAUCAUUGAGACGAUAUGGUCGGUCCCCAGCAGAUCUGUGCAUAACGCUGCGUCGUAUUCGAGUCCGACCCGAGCCCCCGAGAAUUUUCGUGCACGAUAUGGAGGAGAUGUUGUCCUCCGCUUUCAAGUCAGGACCGAAGAGGAAGCGAAGGCUUUGUCCGAGGCGGCGGACAUCUUGUACUUGGAUAUCUGGGAAGCGACCAAGGAGUGGGUUGAUAUCAGGAUAGCAAAAGACGUGGUCCCUUCAUUCAUUGGCCUUCUUCCUCCCUCUCUCCACGACUCAUAUACCCCAUUAAUGCACGAUCUCGCCCGAGCGGUCUACGAUACCUAUCCGAAUUCGGCAUUGACCGAAGAGAGUCCGCUGAUCUCGAGUCUCACAUCACCGCAUGAAGGGCGGACAAAUACAGGUGUCCCUCAAGACCUCUUCUUUCAAGAUUACCAACCUCUUUCGGUUUUGUAUCCUUGGCUACGGCUGAUGGCCUCUCUCUUCCCUACCCAUGCGUCACUGACCACCAUCGGGCAGUCUGCAGAAGGUCGGGAUAUUCCUGCGUUCCGCAUAGGCACCCAGUCAGACUACGCUCAGGGUGACUCUCAUGAUUCCCGGCAUACGCUGUUGAUCGUCGGCGGCUCCCAUGCACGGGAGUGGAUCUCGGUAUCUACAACGGCUUUCAUUGCGUACAGUCUCGUGACUCGAUAUGGCCAUCCCAAAUUCCCCUCCGUGACGAAAAUGUUGGAUCAUUUUGACUUGGUCUUCAUCCCUGUACUUAAUCCCGAUGGCUAUGAAUAUACCUGGACGACCGACAGACUGUGGCGCAAAAACCGACAAGCGACAUCUCUUCCAUUUUGCCCGGGGAUCGACCUGGACCAUUCAUUUCGGUUCAGAUGGGACGGUCACGGCAACAUGGACAAUGCCUGCAGUGAUGACUAUGCUGGACCCGGUCCGCUGGCGGCCAUUGAAUCCCAGGCCUUGACUGAAUGGGCGCGCAAUGAAACAAACAAUAACAAUGUGACAUUUGUGUCAUUCCUGGACUUCCACUCCUACUCGCAGGAAGUGCUCUAUCCUUACAGUUAUACUUGCGAUAUCGACCCACCGAAUCUGGAAGACUUGGAAGAAGUGGCCCUUGGAAUUGCCAAAUCAUUCCGACUCACCCAUGGAUAUUAUUAUGGGGUGGAAAGUGCUUGUGAAGGAAGUAUCACUUUUCGAGACAGAACCAAGAAGACCAGAGUCCAGACAGAGUCGCAGGGAGGCUCGGCCUUGGACUUUUUCUACCAUGAUCUUGAUGUGAAACUUGCGUAUCAGAUCAAGCUCCGAGAUACCGGAACUUAUGGCUUCUUAUUACCGAAGUCCAACAUCUUGCCUACCGGCGAGGAAGCUUACGAAGCUGUUGUGGGAUUGGGACGGUGGAUGCUGGGAAAUCAUGGUAUUGAAAAUAUUGAUGAUCCCCAUUCCGUGUGGGGAGAGGAGAUGGAGACCUCGGAGGGAGAAACGAUAUCAACGGCAAAUCAGGAUGAAGAAGAUGAAGACCUUGAUGAAGCGGAGUUCGAACUCCGGAGGCGGAGAAGGUCUUGA